CCCGAGGAGAGCGCGUCGCCGACGUGCAUUCGGGGCCUCCUGAAGGCCGCUUUCCCGGUGAUGCUCACGGCCUGGGCGGCGCCCGCGGCCACGUGGGCGGCGGGCUGCCAGUGCGACCUGCGCUGGCGGUGGCUCCUCGCCGGCCUCGCCCUCACCGUGCCGUGGUCCGCGCUCACGCUCUGCUCCAGCUCGCGCCGGCGGUGCGCCGGCCCGGGGUGGCUGCAGUACGUUGCCGUCCUCGCCCUCGCGGUCGGCGUCGGCGUCGCCUUCGCCGUCGCGGCGCUGCCGCCCCGCCUCGACCUCAGGUGCGUUCAGCAGCUCGACGGCCUGAUACCCACGAGGAUCGUGUUCGUCCUCGAGGCGGAGGAGUCAGAGGCGGCGGCGGGCGCGGAGCCCAACUGCCCCAACCUGUCGCGGGCGGUGCUCGCCGUGGAGGCCAUCGGCGGCGCGGUGGCGGGCCUCCGCCGCGAGCUGCCCGACGGGCAGCUGCUCGUCGGGGUCAGCAGGGCCGCCUCGCUGGCGGGGGAGCUGAAGCUCACGCCCAGCAUCGAGGACCACUGGGGGGAGCUGCCGCCGCUCGUGUCCGCCGAGCUCUGCGCCACGCCCGGCCCGGCGCCCGGCCCGCCGCGCAGCGGCAGCCCCGCCCCAGCCGCGCGGCGGGCCGCCGCGCCGCAGGGCGCGUGCAACGAGUCGCUGCGCGUCCUGGCCGUCUGCGAGGAGGCCCUGAACCUCACGGUGGGCUCCCCCGCGGGCCCCGACGCCCUCGACGUCUGCGUGCGCCUCAGGAUUGCGGGCCCCGCCGGGCCGCCGAGCAUGCGGUCGACGCUCUACCGCCUCAGCGAGAGCUGCUCCGCCUCCGACGGCGGCUCGUCCGGCG